AUGCCCGAUACAUUAGCAGCUGAAUUAAAAACGGAGACCGGUGCUUCUAGCGUCCCAGUGGACGACGAGACCCAGGAUGACAGUAUUGCGAAGGAAAGUGGUGGGACAUGGCAGGACAAAAAGGACAUGUGGCGGGCCGGAGUACACCAGGAGCUCAAUCGAAACUUCCGAUUCUUUACCAUCUUAGGGUUCGCGACAGUCCUCAUGGCCACCUGGGAGUCAGUGAUGUUUGGGAGUUCCGUUGGCUUGACCAAUGGCGGAAUUGGUGGGAUGGUGUACAGCUAUAUUGCCGGGAUUAUUGGCUUUGCGUUUGUGAUCUUGUCCAUGGCCGAGAUGGCCUCCAUGGCUCCAAUCUCGGGAGGACAAUACCAUUGGAUUUCUGAGUUUGCUCCCAAUGAAUAUCAGCAACUCCUUAGCUAUGUUAGCGGCUGGGUUUGUGUGCUGGGUUGGCAUACAGGCAUUGCGGGAUCUGCUUAUACCGUCGCCAACAUGAUUAUUGGGAUCAUUGAAAUAAAUCACCCUGAUACAUAUAUAGCACAACCAUGGCAUGGGACGCUCCUCGUCAUAGCGGUUGCAUUCAUUGCGAUGAUCUUCAAUACCGUGCUUGCCCCCAGGCUACCUUUGAUUGAGGGUACCAUGCUAGUUUUUUAUGUUUUGGGUUUCUUCGGGAUCCUAAUUCCCUUGUGGGUGAAGGGUGAGAAGAAUUCAGCAUCUAAGGUGUUUAGCACCAUAGAAGACAACGGUGGAUGGGGGAGUAGGGCCGGGGCAUGCAUCCUCGGCCUGGUAGGUCCUGUUUACGCUCUUAUAGGCCCUGAUGCUGCUGUUCACAUGGCCGAGGAGAUUAAAGAUUCCUCGCGAACAUUGCCAGUAGCAAUGCUAGGAACGUUGGCCCUAAAUGGCAUAGUCGGCUUUAUCAUGCUCAUCACAUACGUAUUUUGUAUCCCGAGCUCGCAGGAAGCUCUUAAGCACAGCCAUGGCUUUCCAUUCAUCUAUGUGUUUCUGCAAACCACUGGCUCUGUUGGUGGUACCACUGGCAUGACAGUAAUCAUCAUGCUUCUCCAGGUCUGCAGUGCUGUCAGCAAUGUGGCUUCAACGUCACGGCAGCUUUAUGCGUUUGCUCGUGACGGUGGAGUCCCAUUUCCACACUUCUUCGCAAAGGUAAACCGCCGCUUUGUUGUCCCAUUGAACGCGCUCUUGGUUAGCUUUAUAAUAACUUGCCUACUUGCGCUCAUCAACAUUGGCUCAGUUGUUGCUUUCAACGCCAUCCUCUCUCUUGGUGUUGCCUCUCUCCUAUCUUCCUAUAUCAUUUCCAUUGCCUGCGUACGUCUUAAGCGCUGGCGUGGGGAGCCUUUACCGCCUGCGCGGUGGAGCAUGGGUAAAUGGGCAAGCAUUGUGGAGACCCUUGCGAUCCUCUUCCUUCUCGUGGUGUGGGUUUGUGCAUUCUUCCCGCUCAAGCGGGAGGUAAGUCUGGAAACGAUGAAUUGGAGCUGUGCAAUCUUUGGAGGAGUAGUGAUUUGUGCGCUGGGUUACUAUUUCGUGCACGCAAAGCAUACAUAUAAAGGACCAGUGACAAAGGUGAGGCCUUGGGCGGAGAUGGUGAAUAUUCAUUAA